GGAACGCUACCGACGGCCGUCGUCGUCGUGCACCCUCCACCUCCUUCGUCGUCGCACGCGCGCCGCGAGAUUAUAUUGGGCACUUGCCGCCGUACGACCGCCCGCGGCUGACGCCACUGUUGCAAGACCGCUGGCUAGACGACGACGACGAAGACGACGACGACGACGACGGUAGCUGCAAGCCGCUGCUCCGCCAACUCGCCGUUCCGAAGAAGGGUAAAAUUGUGGAACAUGACUUUAGUAGGGUAAUAUUCAUUACUUCUUUCUGUGUAUUUUGAAAAAAAACUAUGAGUGUUGUAAAUGACAACAAUGCCGAUCCUAAUGGGGUGUCAAAUAACAAUAGUACCAACAAUGCCACCACAAACACCAAUAAUAAUAACACCACCAACAACAACACCAAUAAUAACAAUCCAGCGAACAAUCAAACCAAACAGGUAACGAAAAGACCUAUUCGAAGACCUGGAAAACAGCUCCCCGACAGACCGCAAAGAGCAUUAUGCUGCCUAUCUCUCAAAAAUCCUCUUCGGAAAUUAUGUAUUGGUGUAAUCGAAUGGAAACCAUUUGAAUACUUAAUUCUAAUGACAAUAUUUGCUAAUUGCGUUGCUCUCGCAGUGUAUACACCAUAUCCAUGCAAUGAUUCAAACACAGUGAAUGGCUAUUUAGAUAGAAUUGAACGAGUGUUUUUAGUUAUAUUUACUGUUGAAUGCAUAAUGAAGAUUAUAGCAUACGGGUUUGUUGCCCACCCAGGCGCUUAUCUAAGAAAUGGCUGGAAUUUCUUGGAUUUCACAAUUGUUCUGAUGGGAGGUAUCAGUAUAAUCAACGGAUUUGAUGUAAAGGCGUUACGUGCCUUUCGAGUCUUAAGACCACUUAGAUUAGUAUCGGGUGUACCAAGUUUGCAAGUCGUAUUAAAUUCAAUUUUACGGGCUAUGGUACCAUUAUUACACAUUGCACUUUUAGUUAUAUUUGUUAUCAUCAUAUAUGCAAUUAUCGGAUUAGAGCUAUUCUCUGGGACUUUGCAUACCACUUGCUGGGAUAAUGACACAAUGAUGGACAGUCCUCAUCCAUGUGAUGAAGGUAAUUAUGGAGAUAUUAGUGGUUUUAAUUGCGCUACUCUCGAAGGGAAUUUCACCUGUCGUGGACCUUGGGAUGGACCAAAUUCUGGAAUAACCAAUUUCGACAAUUUUGGCUUGUCUAUGUUAACCGUUUUCCAGUGUAUUACUCUUGAAGGAUGGACAGACGUGUUAUACAGUAUUGAAGAUGCAUUAGGAAGUUCAUGGCAGUGGAUAUAUUUUGUUUCCAUGGUCAUUUUAGGCGCUUUUUUCGUUAUGAAUCUUAUUCUUGGUGUGUUAAGCGGAGAAUUUUCUAAAGAGAGAGAAAAGGCUAAAGCUAGAGGAGAUUUUCAAAAACUUCGUGAAAAGCAACAGCUUGAGGAGGACUUGAGGGGUUAUUUAGAUUGGAUAACCCAAGCAGAAGAUAUUGAACCAGACGCUGAUGAUAAAGACGAAUCUUCUAAUCAACAGGUAGAUAAUAAUGCAAAUGAAAACAAAUCUACCAACGUGGAACGGGAUGAAGUCGACUCAAGUAAAUCGUGGUGGAAAAAGAAACGAAAAGACUUUGACAAAAUUAAUCGUAGAGCAAGACGAGCUUGCCGUAAAGCUGUAAAAUCACAAGCAUUUUAUUGGUUAAUUAUUAUUUUAGUGUUCUUAAACACUGGCGUUUUAGCAACAGAGCAUUAUAAGCAACCAACGUGGUUGGAUGAUUUUCAAGAAAUCACAAAUGUCUUCUUUAUUACUCUUUUCACAUUAGAGAUGUUAUUAAAAAUGUAUAGUCUCGGAAUACAGGGAUAUUUUGUUUCGCUUUUUAAUCGUUUUGACUGUUUUGUUGUCAUCGGAAGUAUAACUGAAACGAUUUUAACGCGAACGGAAUUAAUGUUACCACUUGGAGUAUCAGUGUUACGUUGUGUGCGACUACUCAGGGUUUUUAAAGUUACAAAGUAUUGGAGGUCGCUGUCAAAUUUAGUGGCCUCGUUGCUCAAUUCGAUACAAUCCAUUGCCUCUUUGCUGCUUUUACUGUUCCUUUUCAUCGUAAUAUUUGCGUUGUUAGGGAUGCAAGUAUUUGGUGGAAAGUUUAACUUUGACGCCACAGAUUAUAAGCCACGUAGUAAUUUUGAUACGUUUUGGCAAAGUUUACUGACCGUAUUUCAAAUAUUAACUGGUGAAGAUUGGAAUGUUGUGAUGUACAAUGGUAUAAAAGCUUACAAUGGUGUAUCAUCACCUGGUAUUUUAGCUUGCAUUUACUUCAUUAUAUUAUUUAUCUGUGGUAACUAUAUACUGUUAAAUGUUUUCUUGGCUAUCGCUGUUGAUAAUUUAGCUGAUGCAGAGUCUUUAACCGCAAUAGAUAAGGAAGAAGAACAACCCGACAAACAACAAAAAUCUCGAAGUAAUAGUCAAUCGAAAGAGAGAGACAACGAAUAUCAAGGAGACAAUUCUGAAGGUAUUUCUGUCGAGGAAGAACUUUCAGACGAAUGUUCGUCAAGAAAAGAUUACGAAAGCGACAGUAACAUCAAAAUCGAUUUAGAAGGAUUCGACUUCGAACCAAAUGGAAAUCCAGAAAAUGAAGAAAAUGAAGAUGGCGUCCGUCCAAUGACAGAAUUCAACAAUGCAAAUAAAGGGAUGCCUAUUCCUCCAGCUUCUUCAUUUUUCAUAUUUUCACCGACCAGUCGGGUUCGAACAUUUUGUCAUUGGUUACAUAACCAUACAUACUUCAGUAAUUUUAUAUUAGUAUGUAUUAUGGUUUCUUCAGCGUUAUUAGCUGCAGAAGAUCCGUUAAAAGCAGAUUCAGAAAGAAAUAACGUAUUAAAGAAAUUUGAUCAUUUCUUCACGGCAGUUUUCACGAUUGAAAUAAUUUUAAAAAUAAUUUCAUACGGAUUUGUAUUGCACGAUGGAGCAUUCUGUCGAUCAUUUUUCAAUCUCUUAGAUCUUUUAGUUGUGGCUGUUUCAUUGUUGACGGUUAUUUCUAAAAUGGCAAGUACUCAAAAUUUUAGCGCGGGACCAAUGUCAUUAGUAAAAGUCUUAAGGGUCUUACGAGUACUCAGGCCUUUACGUGCUAUAAAUAGAGCAAAAGGACUGAAAUAUGUAGUGAAAUGCGUGAUAGUUGCAAUUAAGACCAUCGGAAAUAUCAUGCUGGUUACAUAUUUACUACAGUUCAUGUUUGCUGUCAUAGGAGUUCAGCUUUUUAAGGGGAAAUUUUUUUCAUGCAAUGAUCUUUCCAAAACUACAGAAUUUGAAUGCCAAGGCUUGUACCUUAAAUUCGACCAUGGUGAUGUCGAUACUCCUAAAAAGGAAGAUAGAAAAUGGGAACGUAACUCGUUCCAUUUCGACGACGUAGCCAAAGCAAUGCUUACUCUCUUCACUGUAUCCACUUUUGAAGGAUGGCCUUCAUUGUUGCAAAGGUCAAUAGACUCCAACGAGGAAGAAAAGGGUCCGAUACACAACUACAGACCAAUCGUUGCCGCAUAUUACAUCAUAUAUAUAAUUAUAAUAGCGUUUUUCAUGGUGAAUAUAUUUGUCGGUUUCGUUAUAGUUACGUUUCAAAACGAAGGAGAACAGGAAUACAAGAAUUGCGAACUUGAUAAAAACCAAAGAAACUGUAUAGCAUUUGCACUGAAAGCCAAACCUGUCCGUCGUUACAUUCCCAAGCACCGAUGCCAAUACAAAGUGUGGUGGUUUGUGACGUCACAGCCAUUUGAAUAUACCAUAUUUGUGUUAAUUAUGGUAAACACCAUUACACUUGCGAUGAAAUUCUACAAACAACCACAAUAUUACGAUAGCAUCUUGGAUAUGUUAAAUUUAUUUUUCACCGCCGUAUUCGCAUUGGAAUUCGUAUUCAAACUAGCGGCUUUCCGUUUUAAGAAUUAUUUCGGGGAUGCAUGGAAUGUAUUUGAUUUCAUAAUCGUACUGGGAAGUUUCAUAGAUAUUGUUGUUGAAAAUUUGUCCCCUCCUAAUAUCACUAACGCUCCGAAGAAAAAAGAAAGAAAACUGUCUAUUAACUUUUUUCGACUAUUUCGCGUUAUGCGUCUAGUUAAGCUAUUAAGUCGUGGCGACGGUAUAAGAACAUUGUUGUGGACUUUCAUAAAAUCAUUUCAAGCCCUACCAUAUGUCGCACUACUUAUUGUGAUGCUGUUCUUUAUUUACGCAGUCAUUGGAAUGCAGAUUUUCGGAAGGAUAGCAAAAGACACUGAAGAUUCUGCAAUCCAUAGAAACAAUCAUUUCCAAACGUUUCCUCAAGCAGUUCUAAUUCUUUUUCGUUCUGCUACCGGUGAAGCUUGGCAAGAUAUUAUGAUGUCAUGUGCUUACCGACCAAACGAAGUUUUUUGCGAUGAGGGGGCUGAUAAAACUGAUGAUAAUUGCUGUGGCUCUGAUUUUGCUUUUCCAUACUUUAUUUCAUUUUAUGUGCUGUGUUCAUUUCUGAUCAUCAAUUUGUUUGUCGCAGUUAUAAUGGAUAACUUUGAUUAUUUAACCAGAGAUUGGUCUAUACUUGGACCCCAUCAUUUAGACGAAUUUAUUAGGUUGUGGAGUGAAUACGACCCCGAUGCCAAAGGUAGAAUAAAGCAUCUGGACGUUGUAACGCUGUUGAGAAAGAUUUCACCCCCUUUGGGAUUUGGUAAACUAUGCCCACAUCGAGUCGCGUGUAAGAGACUGGUUUCAAUGAACAUGCCUUUAAAUAGUGAUGGCACAGUGUUAUUUAAUGCGACAUUGUUCGCUGUCGUUAGAACAUCAUUACACAUCAAAUCUGAAGGCAACAUUGAUGAUGCCAAUGCAGAAUUAAGGGCAGUCAUCAAAAAAAUUUGGAAACGAACCAGUCCAAAACUCUUAGACCAAGUUGUACCACCUCCGGGAGUUGAUGACGAAGUCACCGUGGGUAAAUUCUAUGCAACAUUCUUGAUUCAAGAUUAUUUCCGUCGAUUUAAAAAACGAAAAGAACAAGAACUCAAAGAAGGCGAUAAAGAAGCGCGUAAUACUGUCACUCUUCAGGCUGGUUUACGAACUUUGCAUGAUGCUGGUCCUGAAAUCAAAAGGGCUAUAUCUGGAAACCUUGAUGAAUUAAUCGACGAUAAUCCUGAACCAUCACAUAGGAGAAAUCAUUCGCUAUUUGGAAGCGUUUGGUCAUCGAUGAGACGUAGGACGGGCAGUUUAAGACGGUCAUUUAGAGUAAGCAAUACUCAUUCGAAAAAGAAGCAUAAAAAUUACUUACAAGUAUCGGGAAGAAAUGUGACAAAGCUGUCUCCGUCGAGUUCAAUCGAAGUAGAUUAUUUACCAGGCAACUAUGCAAAACAGCAGCGAGAUACCAAAAUUCAAAAUGGAUCUGUUUCACUACAUAGAGGAUAUCCCUAUAACAACGAUUGGCUAAACAGAAGUCCCGAUACCGAUGAUAAUAUGUCGAACUUCAGCGGCGAUAACGUAUACCUGCCCAUGCGAAAACGUAAUGCUGCUAAAUUGCUAUACGACCAAAAUAACCAGCGAACCGUGCAUAUUAUGCAUCAACGCGCUUCAUUUCAUUACAAAGAUAGUAAAGAAGAAAUGAACGGAGCCAUGCCCCUAACCAGGUUAUCACAUUCUGUACCUGGAAGCCCCAUAGACGAUAGACUGAAUUCAACCGAAGUUAUUGGAUCUGCGGAAAGCCUCGUCGGACGGAUAUUAGCGGAGCAAGGUCUUGGUAAAUACUGUGACGAAGUGUUUGUGCAGAACACGUCCAAAGAAUUACGCGAAGCGUUAAAUAUGACAAGAGAAGAAAUGGAUUCUGCUGCACAUCAGUUACUUACACGUGAACAACAUGGCCGCCCCAUAUCCUUCCACGAAGAAGACAGUAAUUUUGUCUAAGAUAUUUUCCUUCCUAUAGGUAUACAAAUUAUAAUUAAAAUAAUUCAUAACAUUAAUAUAUAAAUAAUAUUAAUCAUUAUUCAAUUCUCCGAGUCCAAUUCAAGUGCCUCACAAUAUAAUUUUAUCGGUGUUAUUCGGCACGUGUGCCUAUAGUCAUAAAGUUUAUUUAUAUUAUUAUACUUUUGAAUUUAGUUAUUUUAUUUACACAUUAAGAUUUUAUCGAUAAACGUUUUCCAUGUUAACUAAUUAUGUAAAUAAUUAAUUUUUAUUAGAAGUUAUACUAUAUAGCUUAUAUUUUUUGCUUAGUCAAUACAUAUUUUAUUUUUUAUUUUUGGU